GUCUGUCUCACACUGACAACAAGACAGAGGUAGUACUGACUGGGGUCUCUCUGGCAUCUGGUUGUCAAACAUACACGCGCACACACACAAGUGAGCGCUGCACCGAGCUGCGAGCACGCGCGAUGCGCGCACACACUACGCAGAACACCUGCACGCGCUGCCGCGUCGGAGGAGCACUAAACAAGCACGCCAUUUAUUUACCAUUUUUAAAGGGAAGAGCGUUGCAUCUGCUUAUUAUUUUCUAAAGCGAAAACAUCUCAUCUACUAAUCGUCUUCGAAGGGAAAGUAUUAAGAUUAACAGAUUUAGUAUUAAGUAUUCAGCAUUAAGAUUAACAGAUGUUUGAUGUGUGCACUCGUUCUGCUGUCAUUAGCGCAGAGUGUGUGCCGGAGGAGAGCCUCUGAUGUGCUUUAGGUCAGUGUGUGUGCGUGUGCACGCCGGAGGAGAGCAUGAGUCUGCUGUCACUGCUGGCUCGAAUCAUGCGCUAUCUGCUGCUGCGGCCGGAGACUCUGCUGCUGCUGUGCGUCAGUCUGGCCCUCUGGAGCUUCCUCUUCCACACGGAUGAGGUGAAGACCAUCGUGCAGUCCAGCCGCGACGCGGUGAACAUGAUGAAGGGAAAGGUGGCGGAGAUGAUGCAGAACGAGCGCGCGGCGCUGGAUGAGGAGUUCUCGAAGACAUGGCAGUACAAGAGCAGCACUGCAGCGGUGUACUCGAUCCAGGGCAGGAGAGAGCAUAUGGAGGACAGAUUUGGCAUUCUCGCGGACACACUCAACAAGAGCCAUCCGACCAUCUUCGGCGUCUUCGAUGGGCAUGGUGGGGAGGCAGCUGCAGAGUAUGCCAAGUCUCAUCUUCCCAUCAUGUUGCGGCAGCAGCUCCAGCGCUAUGAGAAGCAGAAAGAAAACAGCGCUCUUACUCAUAAGUCCAUCCUCAAGCAGCAGAUACUCAACAUAGACAAAGAGAUCCUGGAGAAACUGUCGGCCUCCUAUGAUGAAGCAGGUACCACGUGUCUGGUGGCUCUGCUGUCUGAGAAGGACUUAACUGUAGCUAAUGUUGGCGAUUCGAGGGCAGUGCUGUGUGAUAAAGACGGUAAUGCCAUCCCGCUGUCACAUGACCACAAACCCUACCAGGUCAAAGAGCGAAAGAGAAUCAAGAAAGCAGGUGGCUUCAUCAGUUUCAACGGCUCCUGGCGUGUACAAGGCGUUCUUGCCAUGUCUCGUUCACUUGGUGACUAUCCGCUGAAGAAGCUGAAGGUGCUGAUCCCUGACCCUGAUGUGCUGACCUUUGACUUGGAAAAACUACAGCCUCAGUUCAUGAUUCUGGCCUCAGAUGGACUCUGGGACGCCUUUAGCAGCGAGGAAGCCGUGCACUUCAUCAAAGAGCGUCUGGAUGAGCCACACUUCGGUGCGAAGAGCAUCGCCCUGCAGUCCUUCUACCGCGGCUGUCCAGACAACAUCACCGUGAUGGUGGUCAAGUUCAGAAAGAAAGGCUCCAAAGCUGCCGGCUAGUGAAGACGGCUCAGCUCUCACAUGCAAUCAUGUAAUGCAAACCAAUAUUUGAAUGAAUGAGUGACUUGAUGAGCGAUUAUCAUUAUGCAUAACUUUAAUGUUAGAUAAAAGUGAUAAAAGACUAUUUUGUGGAGAAGCAACAAUUUGUAUUUAAAUUGAAUGGUGCAGAUUUAAGCAAUCACUUCUUCAUUAAAGGUAUAGUUCCCCCAUGGAAUAGAAAAAUAGAAUUUUUGAAGAAUCUUUACACAGGUGCAACAAAUAUCAUCAUUAUCCCUCACUCUGUUGGACUGAGCUGGAAAGUUGUCAUUUUAUCUGUUUUUAUCUGUCAGGUUGGUUUUAAUUUCUCAUGUAAUAUUUUCAAUAAUUAACAAUAGGUUGAGUUAAGAAGUAACCCAGCUAAUACGUAUGGUGUGUAAAUCAUGAAUCAUGGAGAAACAGGUAAACUGUGAUAGUGACCAUGUCUGUCAAGUAACUCCCUUAAAACCUCCGCUGCAGCUCUCAAAUGCACACUGUAUUCAAAUACAAGUUCUUUAUUUCUGUGCUAGUAAAACUUUUCUGCUGAAUGCACUCUUUGCCCCAUAUAGCAAAUCAAUGGAUGCUUGAAUAUAAUACAGAUAAAUACACACAAAUGUAAAGAAUAAAUGUUCAUUUCUCUUCUUUGAACUGGUGCAGCACAUUCAGUGCACUAACAAAACUUGUCCGAAUCUGAACUUCUACUGAAAUUUGGCAGAGCUUUGGCAGAGGGGGGAAUUAUCAGUGAAUAAAUAAAAUGUGGAUCUGUUUCUCACACAAAGCAUCAUGUGACAGGUUGACCUCAUGUCCUCAGUCGAUUUUUCAUUCCAAACUCAUUCAUAAGUUACAGAAGUGGUCAUGUUAAACAGGCAGUGAAGUGACGUGUGUUUCUGUUUAUAUCAAGACAUACCAAGCAAAAGUUUCAUUUGUUUAUGCCUAUAACUGUCAGUUGUGUACGUGGUGAUCGUUUCAGAAACACAUCAGCACACACUGUAGAAAAAAAAAAAAAACUACUGUUACACUUUAUUUAAAGGUGUCUUUAUUACAGUGUAAUUAUAGUUAAUUAAUGAGUAAUUUUAAUCAACAACAUGUAUUUAUGGUAGGUUUAGGGUUAAUUGCAUGUAAUUAUGCAUAAUUUAUAGUUGUUAUUACAGUAACUACAUGUAACAAGGACACUAAAAUAAAGUGUUACCAAACUACUUUACUAAAACAUAUUUCAGGUAUAUCUGACUUUCACGGCCUUGACUUGACUCUGUAUGAUCAUUGGACGAUUUUAAUCCAAGUAUGUUGCCUUAUUUUAAUGAACAUGCUUUUCUAUCUCUCUCUAUCAUGAAUUUAUUUGCCAGAAGUGUUGUGUUGUCCAGAAUUUGUUUACAGUGUCUGGAGGUUCAUAUUAAAUGUCAGUGUAUUAUUUUACAUAUUGAUGUCUCUCUGAGACGAAGAAUAACAAAAUGAAUGUUUAUAUUAAAUAUUAACCCAAGGUGAUGCAAUAUCAGUCAAUGGAGCCCGACUUUCAGAAGCUUCAAAAGCAUCAAAUAAUAUCAUGAAGCUUCUGAAAAUCAGGCUCCAUUGACUGAUAUUAUUCCUGUGCAUGUGUUUAUCAAUUGACAAUUGGUGAGACAUGCAUAUUUAAUGAAAAUAAAAAAAAAAUGACUCUGAAUCAAUUGUUGUUUAAAAUUGUUUAAUUUACUGUGUAAUGGGUAUUUUAAAUAUAAAAAAAAUCAUGGAUAAUAAAUAUUUUAAUAAAAAUGCUUAAA